AUGGCGUCCCGGAGCUGCACCUUCCUGGAGAUCCUGCUCGCCAUCAUCCUGCCGCCGCUCGGUGUCUUCCUCCACUACGGCUGCUGCAGCAUGGAGUUCUGCAUCUGCCUGCUGCUCACCAUCCUGGGCUACAUCCCCGGCAUCAUCUACGCGGUCUACGUGCUUGUCGCGCUCGGCUCGGAGGAGCGGGAUCGGGACUACGACACCCUUGCUUAA